AUGUCUACACCUCGAGGACGCGGGCGUGGCCGAGGCCGGGGUCGGGGCGGCGGAAACUUCUUCCAGCAGCAACAGUCAGACGGCGAUUUGGCCAUGGGCGACUCGCGCGAGUUUCAACCGCGUGGCCGCGGCCGGGGAGGCAACCACUUCCAGAACAACCAGCAACAUUACAACAACUACAACAACAACAACAACAACCAUUACCAUGACGGUGACGAGGGCAACUUCAACUCACGUGGUCGAGGCCGAGGUCGAGGACGAGGACGCGGCCAACCAUUCCAGCAAAACCAGCACCAUUCGCAACAGCAGCAUCAACCCGGAUAUGACGAGCGCGACAAAAACCGUUCAGAAACCGUCGCCCUGCUCGAAGGCUUCCUUGGGCGCCGGUACAAUCCGGACACCAAACUGCUGGACCUCUCGAGCAUCGCUUCCGACGAAGAAGUCCUCAAGUCCGGCAUGUUCAACAGCGAAACGACGCAGAAGAAAUUCUUCCCCGCGCUCAUGGUCGUCUGCGACACGAUGCUGCCGUCGCGCGAGCAGAAGAUCCAAGCCAUCGAGAGCGUCUCGCUGGCGAACAACAACGUGCCCAAUCUCAACGUCAUCUACGAACUCGUCAAGUCGCUCAAUCACAUCAAGAACCUGGACCUCUCGGGAAACGCAUUUGCCAACUUGGCGCCCCUCAAGCCCUGGAAGAAUCGCUUCAAGAGUCUGGAGCAUCUUAUUGUGGACCCCCUGCCCGAUAUGAACUGGGAGGAGGAGCUUACGGAUUGGUUCCCCAGGCUCAAGAUCCUCAAUGGGAAGCAGGUAAGGCCUGAUUCUGGUGUGCCGCAACAACAACAGGUACAGCCGCCGGUUGCUGCGGCGGCGGCGGCUCCGGCGUUCUGUGCUGCGCCUGCGCCGAUUAGCCCCGAGCAGGAGCAAAUGAUUCUUUACGUCCAGCAAGCCACAAAUCUCACGCGCGAUUAUGCGGUCCAGUGUCUCGAGGCGGGCAAUUGGGAUCUCCAGCAGGCAAGCGAUUUGUUCACGCAGAGCAGGGCGACGCUGCCGCCAAGUGCGUUUGUUGCUUAG